AUGUCGACAAACAAACGGAAAAGUAAAAAGUUGAAUUUGCUGAAGGAUCAAAUGUUCCUCACUAAAAAGUACGUAGACAUGAAUGAUCCGAUAUACGAUAGCGAAAUAGAAGACGAGAAUUGCUUCUACACAGUGGUCAAUGCUGAAGAAAUCGAAUAUUCUCAAAAAGUAUCCGAGAUGAAAAAUAAAAUGUUUGAAGAUAUGAAUAUUUUGUCUUUUGAAGAUUUUGAAAAGAAUAGCGAUACACUAAUUAACAACUUUUUUGUAAGCUACAAUUUUCAAGAAUUUAUUGAAGGUCUAAAAGAGUUAAAUGUUAAGAAAUAUAACGAUUUUUUAAUUUUGCAAUUAAUAAAGAAAUCUUUUGACAAAGAUGAUGAGUGUCAAAUUAAUGUGUCCUGUUUGUUAAACGUUCUAAAUAUCACGAAAUUGAUUAUCCCUGAACAAGUACAGAGAGCUUUUGAGAAAGUUCUAUUAAGUUUAGAUGACAUUAAGUUGGAUUGUCCAACAUGUUAUGAAAUUUUUUUAAUGUAUGUUAGAUUUAGUACACUGGACAAUGUGAUAGAUAAAAAUUAUAUUUUGAAAUUACCCACUGGUUUUUUCGAUGCUUUGGAUAUAGACAGCUGGGAUGAAAAUGAAUUGGGCUUAUUGAAUUCACAGGAAAAUGACCAAGUUGCAGAUGAGGAUUCAUACCUUACGGAGAAUAAUCAAGAGAAUAAAAUGGAAGAUAAGCUGAACACCUCAAAUAGACAAUUACUUACUAACGCAGAAGAACACACAAAUGGGGGCUCAUCUACAAACGAAGAUUCUUCCAACACGAAUUUGCUUGAGAAGUACGACAUGUAUGCACAAAAUCUGGAAAAUGUAGAGGAGAAAAAAAAAGUGAAAGAUGAGAUGUGGAAAGACACCAUGUUGUGGGUACUGGAUCUUAAUAUAAAGCAAAUACAGAAAGAAAAAAAAGAAUUUAAACAAAAAUCACGGGAUUUUUUAGUAGACUUUUUCAAUGAUGGAGACACGAAUGAAGUAGUCGAAUUUUUGAGCAAUACAAAUAGCUUAUUUCAUUAUGAAUUUAUUAGAAUAAGUAUAAUAGAAUCAUUCAGCAAAAAUAAUAUUUGUCGAAAGUAUAUAUCAUAUUUAUUGGAUAAUUUGUGCGAAACUUAUUAUUUCAAGAAUGAUAUUAUUAUAGCCUUCAUAAGAAUUAUAGGUUAUAUUGAUGAUUACGAAAUUGAUUUUCCUCAAGCAAAAGAAAUGAUUUGUAAAUUUUUAUUAAGAUGUAUAUAUGACGAUGUGUUAUAUCCUGCCUUUUUGAGUGAUAUAUACAAAUUACACAUUGGUGGUAUGACUGGUAUGAUGAUUUGCAACAAAACACAACAAAGGAUCCAUAAUAAGAAAAAAUUAAAUAUAAAUAACAUUAAUUACAUUUGGGAUGAAGAUGAUACAUAUGAAAAAAUGAAAUUAAAAAGGAAAAUUAAUAAUACACUAUUAGAAUACUUUUAUUCAUACAUAGAUGAACAGGAAUUUUAUCUCCACGUUGAUGAAUUUCUACCUUUAUAUCAUGAUCUUUGUAAUUAUGUUGUUAAAAAAAUGUUUGUGCUUAAUGUGGAUAUUAACAAUGACCUGAAUUUAUCUUUCAAACUUGUCGAUUACUUAUUAAGCAAAAAUUUUAUCACUGAAAAAAAUAUUGAAGGAGGGGUUAUGGAAGUUAUGAACUCCCUGAAGGACAUUAUGUUGGAUAUACCAAAGUACCCUGAAGAGUUCAUUAAAAUCUUGAAUUACCUGCUCCAAAAGAAAUACAUAGGGAAAAAUACAUUUGAUGCUGUCUCUAAGGAAAUUGAACAAUUUAGUGUGUAA